CAGAUGGCAUCCGCUACCGACUCCCGCUAUGGGCAGAAGGAGUCCUCGGAUCAGAACUUCGAUUACAUGUUUAAGAUCCUGAUCAUCGGCAACAGCAGUGUGGGCAAAACCUCCUUCCUGUUCCGGUACGCCGACGACUCCUUCACGCCUGCCUUUGUCAGCACCGUGGGCAUCGACUUCAAGGUCAAAACCAUCUACAGGAACGACAAACGCAUCAAGCUGCAGAUCUGGGACACAGCUGGCCAGGAGCGGUAUCGCACCAUCACCACCGCCUACUACCGCGGUGCCAUGGGCUUCAUCCUGAUGUAUGACAUCACCAACGAGGAGUCCUUCAAUGCCGUGCAGGACUGGUCCACCCAAAUCAAGACCUACUCCUGGGACAAUGCCCAGGUCCUGCUGGUGGGGAACAAGUGUGACAUGGAGGACGAGAGGGUGGUGUCCUCGGAGAAGGGUCGUCAGCUUGCUGAGCACCUGGGCUUUGAGUUCUUCGAGGCCAGCGCUAAGGACAACAUCAACGUGAAGCAGACCUUCGAGCGGCUGGUGGACAUCAUCUGCGAGAAGAUGUCGGAGUCACUGGACACGGCUGACCCCGCAAUCACCGGCGCCAAGCAGGGCCCCCAGCUCACGGACCAGCAGGCCCCCCCGCACCAGGACUGUGCCUGCUAG